ACGCACGCACAUACACACACACUUACACUUGUGCUUUCAGGACAACGAAACAGAGGAUAUUUCCCUGGGGAAAGAAAUCUUGCCCGGCGAGAUCUCCCCAUUGGUUGUUUACCCGGAGAAAUCUACAUGUUUAAGGGGGAUGGUGCAUCCAUAAUCAGUCUGUCCCUGUAGGAUUUGGGUCUUGGCGACCUUUUUGUGACCUCUCCCGCCAGAGGAGGCUGCUGUCACUUUAAAAAUUUACUGAAAGAGGAGCCGUCUGGCUUCCGAUCACUCUAGGCGGCGGGAGAUAGCUCCCUUUCUCCCUCGCCCCGGGUUCUUUCUGGAUGGCCGAGCAGAUCCUCUUUAAAGAGACAGUUCAUGAAAUAGAAACCCGGCGGCUGAGCCUGGAGUUGCGAAAGGGGACGAUCCCGUGAGGUCUAAGAACCGGGAAGGCGCGGCGGAGGAUCUGAAAGGGGGCUAGAGCUCCCCUUGCCUCCCCGGGCCCCCCACCUUUUCAAACUCUCCUCCUCCUGCCUGUCCCCCCCAACCCCCGCCCUUGGAACUGGGAGAGAGAAGUAGAAGAAGUUUUAGUGGGUUUCAGAUAACUUUCAUUACACAUCGGUCUGAUAAGAGCAAGAGAAAGUGAGAAAAGAGGGAGGUGAUGUGAACCAGAAGGAAUAGCUCGGAGCUCAUUUAGGAAGGGGGAAAAAAGCCAAAAUACACCAAACCCGGGUCACCCAGACGAAAGGAGACUUCAUUUCUGUUCUUAAAAAUACACUGUUGGCGGACAAUAAAUCUGAAACGCGUGGUCCUGGCGAGCCGAUCCCAGAGACGGACAAAGUUACCAGAGACCCAUUCGGAAAUCGAGACGCGAGGUGUUUUUUUUGUUUUUGUUUUUGUUUUUUAAUACAUCUCCAAAUGUGGCUCAGGACCGUUUGAAAGGAUUGUUCGUGCAGGAAAGCUGGGGGCUGCUGAUCAUUUUAUUUUGUUUUAAUUCUUCUGUGAUUGCCUUUAAUCGCUGAGUUGAGGCCAUAGAAAUCUUAAGAUCUUAGAUGAGUUUUGCAAUGUGAAGUUCUGCAUAGAUGCUAGUCAACCAGAUGUAGGAAGCUGGCUCAAGUACAUCAGAUUCGCUGGCUGUUAUGAUCAGCACAACCUCGUUGCAUGCCAGAUAAAUGAUCAGAUAUUUUAUAGAGUAGUUGCAGACAUUGCACCAGGAGAGGAGCUCCUGCUGUUCAUGAAGAGUGAAGACUAUCCCCAUGACACUAUGGCGCCGGAUAUCCAUGAAGAACGGCAGUAUCGCUGUGAAGACUGUGACCAGCUCUUUGAGUCCAAGGCAGAACUAGCAGAUCACCAAAAGUUCCCGUGCAGUACCCCUCACUCAGCAUUCUCAAUGGUGGAAGAGGACUUUCAACAAAAACUUGAAAGUGAAAAUGAUCUCCGAGAGAUACAUGCAAUCCAGGAGUGCAAGGAAUGUGACCAAGUUUUUCCUGACUUGCAAAGCCUGGAGAAACAUAUGUUGUCACACACUGAAGAGAGGGAAUACAAGUGUGACCAGUGUCCCAAGGCAUUUAACUGGAAGUCCAAUUUAAUUCGCCACCAGAUGUCACAUGACAGUGGAAAGCACUAUGAAUGUGAAAACUGUGCCAAGCAGGUUUUCACGGACCCUAGCAACCUUCAGCGGCACAUUCGCUCUCAGCACGUUGGUGCCCGGGCUCAUGCUUGCCCGGAGUGUGGCAAGACGUUUGCCACUUCGUCGGGCCUCAAACAACACAAGCACAUCCACAGCAGUGUGAAGCCCUUUAUCUGUGAGGUCUGCCAUAAAUCCUAUACUCAGUUUUCAAACCUUUGUCGUCAUAAGCGCAUGCAUGCUGAUUGCAGAACCCAAAUCAAGUGCAAAGACUGUGGACAAAUGUUCAGCACUACGUCUUCCUUAAAUAAACACAGGAGGUUUUGUGAGGGCAAGAACCAUUUUGCGGCAGGUGGAUUUUUUGGCCAAGGCAUUUCACUUCCUGGAACCCCAGCUAUGGAUAAAACGUCCAUGGUUAAUAUGAGUCAUGCCAACCCGGGCCUUGCUGACUAUUUUGGCGCCAAUAGGCAUCCUGCUGGUCUUACCUUUCCAACAGCUCCUGGAUUUUCUUUUAGCUUCCCCGGUCUGUUUCCUUCCGGCUUGUACCACAGGCCUCCUUUGAUACCUGCUAGUUCUCCUGUUAAAGGACUAUCAAGUACUGAACAGACAAACAAAAGUCAAAGUCCCCUCAUGACACAUCCUCAGAUACUGCCAGCCACACAGGAUAUUUUGAAGGCACUAUCUAAACACCCACCUGUAGGGGACAAUAAGCCAGUGGAGCUCCAGCCCGAGAGGUCCUCUGAAGAGAGGCCCCUUGAGAAAAUCAGUGACCAGUCAGAGAGUAGUGACCUUGAUGAUGUCAGUACUCCAAGUGGCAGUGACCUGGAAACAACCUCGGGCUCUGAUCUGGAAAGUGACAUUGAAAGUGAUAAAGAGAAAUUUAAAGAAAAUGGUAAAAUGUUCAAAGACAAAGUAAGCCCUCUUCAGAAUCUGGCUUCAAUACAUAAUAAGAAAGAAUACAGCAAUCAUUCCAUUUUCUCACCAUCUUUAGAGGAGCAAACUGCCGUGUCAGGAGCUGUGAAUGAUUCUAUAAAGGCUAUUGCUUCUAUUGCUGAAAAAUACUUUGGUUCAACAGGACUGGUGGGGCUGCAAGACAAAAAAGUUGGAGCUUUACCUUACCCUUCCAUGUUUCCCCUCCCAUUUUUUCCAGCAUUCUCUCAGUCAAUGUACCCAUUUCCUGAUAGAGACUUGAGAUCGUUACCUUUGAAAAUGGAACCCCAAUCACCAAGUGAAGUAAAGAAACUGCCGAAGGGAAGCUCUGAGUCUCCCUUUGAUCUCACCACUAAGCGAAAGGACGAGAAGCCCUUGACUCCUGUACCCUCCAAACCUCCAGCAACAUCUGCCACAAGCCAGGACCAGCCCCUGGAUCUAAGUAUGGGCAGUAGGAGUAGAGCCAGUGGGACAAAGCUGACGGAGCCUCGGAAAAACCACGUGUUUGGGGAAAAGAAAGGAAGCAGUGUUGAAACCAGACCGUCCUCAGAUGGUUCCUUGCAACACGCGAGACCCACUCCUUUCUUUAUGGACCCUAUUUACAGAGUAGAGAAAAGAAAACUAACUGACCCUCUUGAGGCUUUAAAAGAGAAAUACUUGAGACCUUCUCCAGGAUUCUUAUUUCAUCCACAAUUCCAACUGCCUGAUCAGAGAACUUGGAUGUCAGCUAUUGAAAACAUGGCAGAGAAGCUAGAGAGCUUCAGUGCCCUGAAACCAGAGGCCAGUGAACUUCUGCAGUCAGUGCCCUCCAUGUUUAACUUCAGAGCGCCUCCCAACGCCCUGCCAGAGAACCUCCUUCGGAAAGGGAAAGAGCGUUAUACUUGCAGAUACUGUGGCAAGAUUUUUCCCAGGUCUGCAAACCUGACACGGCACUUGAGAACCCACACAGGGGAGCAGCCUUACAGAUGCAAAUACUGUGACAGAUCAUUCAGCAUAUCUUCUAACUUACAGCGGCAUGUUCGCAACAUCCACAAUAAGGAGAAACCCUUUAAGUGUCACUUAUGCGAUAGGUGUUUCGGUCAACAAACCAAUUUAGACAGACACCUAAAGAAACAUGAGAAUGGGAACAUGUCUGGUACGGCAACAUCGUCGCCUCAUUCUGAACUAGAAAACACUGGUGCUAUUCUUGAUGACAAAGAAGAUGCUUACUUCACAGAAAUUCGAAACUUCAUUGGGAAUAGCAAUCACAGCAGCCAGUCUCCCAGAAACACGGAGGAGAGAAUGAAUGGCAGUCAUUUUAAGAAUGAAAAAGCUUUGGUGACUAGUCAAAAUUCAGAUUUACUGGAUGAUGAAGAAGUAGAAGAUGAGGUGUUGUUAGAUGAGGAGGAUGAAGACAACGAUAUUACUGGAAAAACAGGAAAAGAACCAGUGACCAGUAAUAUACAUGAAGGAAACCCUGAGGAGGACUAUGAAGAUAGCGCCCUGGAGAUGAGUUGCAAGACGUCCCCAGUGAGGUAUAAAGAGGAAGAAUAUAAAACUGGACUUUCUGCUCUAGAUCACAUAAGGCACUUCACAGAUAGCCUCAAAAUGAGGAAAAUGGAAGAUAAUCAAUAUCCUGAAGCUGAGCUGUCUUUUAGUACUUCCCAUGUGCCGGAGGAACUUAAACAGCCGUUACACAGAAAGUCCAAAUCACAGGUACAUAUUUUCCUGCAGUAGAGUAUCAUGGUGACAUUGUACCUUUGAUGCCUAAAGGCAGAUAUUCUAUAUUUACAGUAUUCUAGAAUCUGAACGUGUACACUUUAUGCAAAACAUUCAUAUCUUUACUGUCUGUGACUAAAUCCCAAAUAGUUAAUCAAUACAGCAAUUAAUAUGGCUGCAUUCUACACAUAAACUUCUGUGACAAACCCUAUCCUACAAUAAUCUUUCCUUUACUUUGCAGUUCUUGUACUUCUGCAUAGAGAGCCCAUGUUUGCUUGCACCUAUUUAUAUAUUACUUCAGAAUUAUUUUCCAAUUGCUUUGCAUCUAUGAUUUUUGUCAACCUAAUUAUAUUUUAAGAUUUUUGGAAAGUAAAUUCUGCACUAUAUUUUUUGUCCUUUAUCAUGUAUAGUUAGUUAGCAUUAGCAAAUUACAGAAUUUAGGAGUAAAUUGAGGAUCGGGGAUGAAAUGAUUUGGCAAGAGUCAGCAGCAACUUAAUGGAAGAUCUAGAAAUAAAACCUAUCAAUUUUUAUUGAAUGAAUAAACGAAUGGUACCUAAGUUCAUUGGGCUUUACAGCAUUCUUUCAGCACCACUAGGAUAAAUAAAAUAAAUCCAUUUAAAGAUCCAUAAAUACCAAUUAAAAACUGUAGUUCUUCUAUCACAAAAAUAAAGGAAGUCAUUAUUCUGCUUGACAUCUACAUCAACCAUAUUAUUCAUCUUAUUCAGGUCAAUUAAAUAAGGUCAAUAACUUCCUCUUAUUAUCAUAUUAUUGGUCACUUUGGUCUCAAUGUUUGAUCCAUGUGUCUAUUUUGGGGUGGCCUAACAUAUGAAACCAUGUGACCGUAUUGGCUUGUACAUUUGGAAAUGAUUACCUUUUUUGGCUGAGGUGUUUUGGGCUGGUCAUAACCACAAAUGUGGUCAAAUCUCAACUAAAAUGGAAACAAUGUAUGCCAAUGGGAUAAUACACAAUUUUAAAUAUCAGUCAAUUCAGUAAAGAGUCAAAGAUAUCAUGAGUGGUAACAGGAAAAAUAAAUGUUCUUUCUGAAUUGAAAUAAAAGCAGCCAGCAUAAAUACUCCAUUGCCUAGCUCCAUGAACUUAACAACAUGACAUCAUGACUAUGAGCAUCAUUUCCUCAUUGUAAAGUAGGGGAGAGGGUGAAGAGAUCUAGUAUCUUUUCCUGCUGCAUGAGUCAGUGGGGAUAAAAAUGAAAUUUUCCAUUUCUAGCAUUAAAAGUAAACUAGCCAGAGUAAACAUCUCCUUUUUCCUUAGAGGCAAUCAUAAGAGGUAACUAGUAUUUCUUAAAACCCUUUAUAUCUCAUCUUCUUCCCUAGGUGAUCAGAGAUACUGGAGAUCCAUGCUUUCUUUCUUUCUUUUCUAAAAUUCAUUUUAAUUGUUCCACCAAAAAUAAUUUUCGUUAUGAGACACAAAACCUAAAAAUUCCUGAAACUGACAGAAGUGACAGAAAGCAGAAGGGCCUGAGUACCUAGAGAGAGUGGAUAUGAUAUAUUUCAGUAUCAGCAUUUUGACAUAAAGUCCCUGCCCAACUGGGUUAACAAGAAAUACUAGCAUUUUGCAAUCCUAGCUCAUAUUUUUCUUGUUACUUGAUCAUGUCAUAUGUUUGAAAAUGGUCAGGCCUUUUUGCAAACUGGGUUUAUUUAAUUUUAUGAGAUUCUUUAUUCAUUCAGUCAGUCAUUAAUAAUUGUUGGUUAUGUGCUAGGCACUGGUCCUUGUGCAUGAAAGUGUUUAUAUCCUUUGAUUACCAAAAGGCAGACAUUCUGUGUUUGCCAUUUUCUAUAGUUUGGAUAGAGUCGGUUGAUUUACUCAAAACACUCAUGUAUUUGCUCUGUGAUUAUUUAGUGAUUGAAUCCAAGAUAGUUGAUCAAUACAACAGUGGUUACAUUCCUCAUGGACUGUUCUCCCAAAAAACCCUCUCCUACAAAAUUAACUUCAUGGUAAUAGGUGUAAUUUAUGUCAGGUACACUGAGCUAAACACUCUGUUAGUUACUGCUUGUGAUUCCUCCACAACCCUUGGAAACAAGUGUUGUUAUCAUCUCCAUUUUCUGUGAGGAACAUGACCUUGAAAGGUUAGGCAACUUGUCCAAGGUCACACAGCUAGUUUAGUAGAGGCAGGUUAGAUGCCAGGAUUAAAACUCAGGAUUCCAAUAUCUUCUCGAUACUCCCAAACAUUGUCUUUCCAAAUAUUGAAAUAGGUUUUGUUAAGACCAUUUUAUAAUGUUCUUUAUCUUAAUCCUAAAAGUGGGUACAUAAUUAGACGGUUUAAGUUUAAUGCUCACUUCUUCCAUACUUUAAACUCUACAAAGAACAAGGACUCUAUUAUUUUUCCUUUCUUCCCUAGGAUCUAGCACAGUGCCUGGCAUAGAGUACAUGCUUAAGAAAUAUUUUUUAUAUGUCUACUGAGAUUUUGUAGAGGUCCAGAAGGCAAAUUGCAUAUAUAAAAGUCACAUGUGUACAUUUAGUGCAAUGACCCAGCAAAUCAGAAUCAGCCUACAAGGGCAGAUUUGCUAACUGCCAUGAUUAUGGAAGAAACCGCAGAAUGGCCACAUGUCUCAGCAUGACUCCCAGGAUGAAAUUCUGCUUAACAACAGAGGCAUUUUGUCUUUGUUUACAGACAGUGGAAUGUCGUUGGCAGGACUUUAAUGAUUCCACUUCAGCAGCAUUCUGACAAGCAAGUUUAGCAAUGGAUGAGACCAAUAAUAGCAAAUCAACAGUGAAAAGUUCACUCACAAGUCAAGACCAAACAUUUCAUUUGAAUAUUUUACUUGGCAGCAAAUGGGGGAUUCUCUGAACAGUUAUGUAGAAUUUGACAUGAUAAUAGGGAAAAAAGAGCACUUCCUCACAGUACCUCUGUGUACCUUCUGCGCAACAGAAACUGGCACUCAAGUUGGCUAGAACGUUGGGUCUUGUGUUUUAUUGGUUUU